UAUCCAGAUGAUGCUGCAUACUAUUUAUUGUGCGCAAUUACACUGUUGGUGUGUUCGAAGCGUAACUUUGUAACAACAAAAUGCAAAGACAUUAGUAUCUACUGUAGCUCAAUUAUGCUCUGGUUUUAAUAAUCAGUCUUACGUCAUCCCCCAGCGGACACACGUUGCACGUCAUCACACGAAUGAGGCGCUAGACACAUUGAACAGGAUUGUUGUAUUUUACCUGUCAUUUUCCAUUUCAGAACAACAUUCAAUAAUUUUCUUGGUCUUUGAGGUGUCCUUGUAAGUCGCAGCCCUGCAUUCCAAAAAGGAAGACGAGUACUUCGCCAUGAGCUCCGAUGGGGACGGUGACAUGGAGAAUCAGGCUGAGCUGGAAGAAAAGACAAGGCUUAUAAACCAGGUGUUGGAGCUUCAGCACACUCUAGAAGACCUGUCGUCGCGUGUGGACGCAGUGAAGGAGGAGAACCUGAAGUUGAAGUCUGAGAACCAGGUUUUGGGUCAGUAUAUCGAGAACCUCAUGUCUGCCUCCAGCGUGUUCCAGACCACUGACACCAAGAGCAAACGAAAGUAAGAGACCAACUAGGAACCCCCCCCAACCAACCCACCUCCCCUGGCCCCCUCUACCUUCAACCAAAUCCCUCAUAACCCAUAUACCACUCCAUAACUGCCCCCGAACUACAGCUGGUACAGUUUAUGCCUUUGUCAUCAUGACAACCCUAGACCCUUCCCUCACUUUGCCACCUUUAAGAUUUUUUCAAUGAAGCUCAAUUUUCAAUUUUUAUGUUGGGUUACUUUUUCCCUUUUGUAUUUGUUACAGUAUUUCUGUCAUUGUUGCACAGUUGUUGUAUCCGAAAUGAUGUUAUUUUGUGGUGUAUACGUUUAUUAUCUGUUACUACACAUAACCUCACCUGGAGGAAGAGACAAGGGAACUGUAUCAUUUCAGAUUGCCUUGUAGUUUGGGUUGCAAAAUUCUGUUAACUUUCCCCAAAUUCUCAGGUUUUCCAUUAAUUCCGGUUGGAGUAUUCCCAGAUUUCCUGCUUAAUCUUUUUCUGGAAAACCAGGGAAUUUUACUGAAAUUUACUGAAAUUUUCAAACCCUAAGGCUAAAUCAUUUAAUUUAGAUUGUCAUGUUUUAAUAUUGUUAGUCAUCAAUAUUAUUAGACUAUGGUUUUAGAUCUAUGCUCAAUUGCAAUGAUGAUUACUUCUCUCCAAUGCCCAAGUUUUCCUCAAACAAUUUCUUAAAGCAGAACUCAGCCCUUGUAUUAUCUCAUAUAUAUUGUAAUUGAAUUAAUCAUUUGGGGCUUGCUAAUAUGUGUCACUGGUGGAUAAAGUUAAUUCAUUGCAUUUGUGAUCCAGAGGAAGUCACCCUAAACCUGCCGUGUUUGCAUUGCGUCGCCGAUGUGUACAUUUGACCCUUAUGUUGCUCUUUUCAAAUACAUUUGUUUUAAUAAAACGUUUUUAUUUGCCCUUUUGA